AUGCCCGCUAUGCACAACGCUUCUAACGCUCAGGGAGACCGAAACCGGACCGAGGACUGGCGAAUCCGGGGCUACAACCCUCUCACAGCCCCCGAUCUGCUCCAGCAUGAGAUCCCUCUGACCAAGCAGUCCAAGGCCACCAUUCUCAAGGGCCGACAGGACGCCUGUGAUAUUCUGGAUGGUAAGGACGACCGAAUCAUUGUUGUGGUUGGCCCCUGUUCCAUCCAUGACCCCAAGGCUGCCAUGGAGUACGCCGAGCGACUCAAGCAGAUCUCUGACAAGCUGUCUGGCGAGCUUCUGAUCGUCAUGCGAGCCUACCUCGAAAAGCCUCGAACCACCGUUGGCUGGAAGGGCCUUAUUAAUGAUCCUGACAUGGACGGCUCUUUCAAGAUCAACAAGGGCCUGCGAGUCGCUAGAGAUCUCUUCGUGAAGCUCACCGAGCUCAACCCCAUUGCUUCUGAGCUUCUGGACACCAUUUCUCCCCAGUUCCUGGCUGAUCUCUUCUCUGUCGGAGCCAUUGGUGCUCGAACCACCGAGUCCCAGCUUCACCGAGAGCUUGCCUCUGGUCUGUCUUUCCCCGUUGGUUUCAAGAACGGUACUGACGGAGGUAUUAAGGUGGCUCUGGACGCCAUCCAGGCCGCCGCCCACCCCCACCACUUCCUUUCCGUCACCAAGCCCGGUGUGGUUGCCAUUGUCGGCACCGACGGAAACGAGGACUGCUUCCUGAUUCUGCGAGGAGGUUCCAAGGGCCCCAACUACGAUGCUGAGCACGUCGCCGAGGUCAAGAAGCAGGUUGGAGAGACCAAGGGUCCCCGAAUCAUGGUAGACUGCUCGCACGGCAACUCAUCAAAGAACCACAAGAACCAGCCUCUGGUCGCCUCUAACGUGGCUCAGCAGAUUGCUGCUGGUGAGAAGUCCAUUUGCGGUCUUAUGAUUGAGUCCAACAUCCACGAGGGUCGACAGGACAUCUGCGAUAACAAGGAGGACAUGAAGUACGGUGUGUCUGUCACCGAUGCCUGCAUCAACUGGGAGGACACUGAGAAGGUGCUCGAGGAGCUGGCCCAGGCCGUCAAGACUCGACGAGGUUAG